UGUGCAUCCUUGUUUGCUCUUCAUUAUGUCGGAAGCUGUCAGUUGAUCAGAUCGUAAAAAUGUGUUUUUGUGUAAUAAGUUGUGAAAUUCAAGUCGCGUAUUGAGUUUCGAUCAUUGUACGUCGUUCACCUGAGACGGUGUCACAGGGUAGCUCGUGGUGUACACGAUGUCCUUGGCGAGGGUAACGAGCGGCUGGGAGGACAACAAGUCCCGUUCUGAAACAGUACUGUAUCCGGAAAAAGUAACCUCUGCCAACGGACGUUUUUUGUACUGCCGUGGUGGACUAGCACGUAGCGGAAGUAGAGAUGAUGCAAAGUUACACAAGAGUUUGGAAGAGAUCUCCAAGGACAUCAAGGAAUUGGAAGAUUUCAUAUCGGUCACGGAAGACAUCUUGAGGCGUGAGCGGGAAUUCGACGAGCAGCUCUAUCAAAGAGAACGUCAACGGAAAGCUUUUGAGAAAACGAUGCAGCAGAUCAAGAAUAAGUGCAGUCCGACGAAGAUUUGCUUUGGCCGAACGGAUAGUUCCAGGGUCAAAUCACCGACCUUUAAAGUAAACAUAACACAAAAGAGACGCAUCAAAUCGUUCAGUCCGAAAGGGUAUAAGUCGAAAUUAUAUUUUCGAAACGGAAAAAUCGGAUGUCUGGAGGCUGAAGGCGCCGUUUCAAAUUUAAGAAGUACGCACGAAUUAGUGAAAAAGAUAAUAAACGAUGAGAACAACAUGUUAGUUAAAUUGGAACAUCAACACUACACGACGGGCGUGAAAGAAGAAAAAGAAGAGUCGGUCGGGGUGGGAGCUGCGCUGGAAAGUUUGCAGAUGUGUGUUGCGGAGUCAGCUCACUCGCUUUGCGAUGAAUCAUAUAAGGCAAUACACGACGAAUCCGAAGAUAACAUGCUCCAGUCGAAGCCAGCACAAAUCCUUAGUAACGAAAAGGAUUUGGAGGACAUUGGAAACACGAGUCCUCCACCAAGCGCAAACGAUUUUGUAACCGGACGGCUAAGACAUCUCGCAAAUCGUUUUUCGGAACGUACCAAACGCAUGAGGAGCAAGCUGGAGAUUCCUCCGACCCCUUCGAGUAGCGUUAGUGCCCCUUCUAUAGCGCCUUCCACACAAAGACACAAUAAUGAAUUGCGAGCCAUUCAAAAUUCCGCCCUCACCCUUCAGUCGGCGACUGGAGCAAACACGUGUCAUCAUCACUAUUUCUGUCCCAUUUUUUGCACCGGUGCAAAAACAAAUACGGUUCUAGAUCCACAAGGAAAAUUUUACAUUUCUUGGUUAUUCAUAGUAUCACUUUCAUUUUUGUACAACGCUUGGGUGAUCCCGUUGCGAUCCUCGUUUCCGUACCAAACCCCAGAGAACACUAAAUACUGGAUUGCCGUUGAUAUAUGCGCCGAUGUCGUUUAUCUAAUUGAUAUUCUAUUCGUCAAACACAGAAUAAUGUAUCUUUUCGAAGGAUUUUGGGUCAAAGAUACGAACUUGACACGAAAAAAUUACAUGCGAAAGCUGCAGUUUAAGAUGGACCUGCUUGCUCUAAUGCCGUUGGAUUUACUUUACUUGAAGGUUGGUACCGAACACGUGGUGCUCCGUGCACCACGAUUGUUAAAGAUUCAAAGCUUUUGGGAAUUCUUCAAGCUGAUUGAUCGGGUCAUCUCUUCGCCGCAUAUGAUACGCGUCGUCAAGACACUCACCUAUAUGCUGUAUAUGAUACAUUUGACGGCUUGCUCGUACUAUGCGUACAGUGCAUAUCAAGGACUCGGUUCCAACCGUUGGGUGUUCAACAAUAAGGGCCACGCCUACGUUCGAUGUUUUGCGUUCGCAACCAAAACUGCCACCUCGAUUGGUAAGAAUCCCAAACCGGAAAAGGAAGGCGAACUGAUGUUCAUGACGGCCGCCUGGUUGAUGGGCGUGUUUGUGUUCGCGCUGCUGAUUGGUCAGAUCAGGGAUAUUAUAGCAACCGCAACCCGAUCAAAGUCGGAAUAUAAACAAUUGGUGGAUGAAACGUUGGAGUACAUGAGGCAGCUGAAUCUACCGACGGACUUGCAGCGACGAGUGAAGAUGUGGUUCACUUUCACGUGGGAACAGCAGCGCAGUUUGGAUGAAACACAUAUUAUGGAUGCUUUGCCAGCGAACCUGAAGACCGACAUAGCAAUCUCGGUACACAUUCAGACCCUUUCCAAGGUUCAACUGUUUGCGGACUGUGAAGAAGCUUUGCUACGCGAACUAGUGCUCAAAUUGCGAUCGGUUACAUUCCUUCCCGGAGACUAUGUUUGUCGGAAGGGCGAAGUCGGGAAGGAAAUGUACAUUGUCAAAACCGGUCAGGUGUUGGUCAUGGGUGGCCCUAGAAACGAUCUCGUCCUAGCGACUUUGUAUGAAGGUUCAGUAUUUGGUGAGAUUAGUUUGUUAGCAAUCAAUGGAGCCGAAGGAAAUCGACGGACCGCAGAUGUGCGAUCUAAAGGUUUCUCCAAUUUGUUUGUGUUAUCAAAAUCCGAUCUCAACGAGGCGAUUGUAUACUAUCCAAAUGCACAAGCUAUUCUGAAGAAACGCGCGAAGAGUUUGAUGCGUAAAAACGCAGCUCGUGAAAAGGCUGAGUCCCAGCAAAGCAUUGAUACCAAUGAUGCCGAUACGGAUGUAGUGAUUAAUAAUCCGAACCACAACUCAUCACCAAAAUUACUGAAAACGGUAAUACAAGUGCUACCAAAGGAAUCGCCAACCGUGCAGCUACUCACCCAAGGAUUUAAAAAUGACCAGGUGAAAGAGGAAAAGGUUGAAAAGUUUCAAUCGGAGGAUACUGUUUCCACGCGAAGUUCUGAGGUUCACAUUACACAGGUGCAGAUUGAAAACGAAAAAAAUGUUGAUUUGCCAUGUGAUUUGGUGUAUAGCAUCAAAAAGGAACUUAUGGAUAACAACAGCUAUAUUAAUUUGACCGAUGCAGAGAAGUAUAAGCUUCUUAACGAACUGUCGAAGGAUAGUUAUGAACAGCAGAAAUCCCCAGUUUAAUGGAAUGACUGAUUUCAAGCGCACUAGUAGAGGUUACUAGUGAAUAAAGUAUAUAUUUGCAUAGCAGAUCAUCAUGAAAUGGUUCAUGGUACAAAAAUUGAAAUAAUUUAAGUGAAGAUUACUAAUCUAAAGCGAUCCAACGACUCGACUCUUUCAAAUAUCAUUUAGGAUGUGCUCAUUUGGCAGGAAUGAUUUCAUGAAUGAAGACUUAUAUUUUUGAAGGGAAAAAUAAUGCCUGUGUAGUAUGUUAAACAUUCUGAUGGAAUAGAGGAAUGUGUUAUUGUUACCAUAUGGCUAUAUCAAACCAAUGAACUAUUAAAAACUAUUCUGCCAUUGAACUGGAAAUAAACGUUACUGUUCAAAGUUCUAAUAAAAUUGUAAAAAUAA